GGUUCGGUAGAAUAUUCCUAGAAAAAUACCUCCAAAAAAAAAAAAAGGAAAACCCUAAUCCUUACGAAAGCCCGUCGUGCACGUGAGGAGCAUGCUUGCGAAUAAAGAGCUGUCACAAAUACCAGUAAGCAGAAAAACAACCGGUUUCUAACUACAGCCGUCGGAUUCGAUGACACGUCAUCGAUCUGCGUGGGUUUGUGCUUUCGACGGUUGAGAUCACGGUUGCAGGGAUACUGGUAGAACGAAGCAACUCCUCACUUCUCUCUCCUCCCUCUCUCUCCUCCCCUGCUUUUCUAAUUUCCGAUUUUGAUUUUUUUUUUCCGGUUUUAUCAUCCAAGAAAAAAUUCUCAAAAGUUUCCGGCGAAGAUCCGACGAUGAAGAUGAUGGAAGAGGAAGUAGAUCACGAAGCGGAGAAGGAAAUUCGGGUUUUGAAAGGCAAAACAAGACACGAACUUGAAGGAGACGGAGAUGGUGAUAAGUUGAACGCGCUGAUCAACGGUGAGGAGGAAGAUGAGGAAGUGGAAGAUGGAGAGGAUGACGACGAUGACGACGAGGAGGAGGAAGAUGAGGACGACGACGACGACGGUGAUGUGCAGGAGUUUACGCCGUCGUCUAGCGCACCUCAAAUCCACUCAGUUGACGACGACGAGGACGACGAAGAUGAAGAAGAUGAGGAUGACGAAGACGACGGAGAUGGCGACGAUGAUGACGAUGACGACGACGAUAGCGAGGGAAACGAGGAUGAGUAUGAAGUGGAAGCUCAAGAUAAGGCAACCAUGGCAGCCAAAAACCCUAGCUUGUCACAAGUUCUUGCUGAAGAUGAGGAAGAUGCCAGUGAUUUUGAGCCAGAAGAGAAUGGCGAGGGGGAAGACUUUGAUGAAGAAGAUGAGUAUGAAGAUGACGAUGAUGAUGCUGAUGGGAAGGUUGAGGUUUCUGCAAAGAGGAAGAGGUCGGACAAAGAUGGUUCUGAUGAUGACGACGACGAUGAUAGUGGGGAGGAUGAUGAGAGACCGGCCAAACGAUAGGGUUGGUCGGUGCCCUUCUCCUAUCAAUCGAUGCGUAGUAGGUCAAUCUCUCCCUCUGUUAAAACAAGUCCUCCCUUAACAUGUAGAAAAGAAGGAUUGGGAUGCUUCAUGGGUUCUGUUGCUUUUUUUUUAUCCUGUAUUAUCAUGGUGCCAGUAUUGUUAGGGUUUAUUUUAUAUGUCUCAGCUUGAAGAAUGCAUAAUGGUCAUGUGUUGCUGGUAAACUGUUGAAGCAAGCAGGGUGUUUUAGGUUUUGUUUACUUUUGUACAAGGUAUGAACUUCAGAUAAGUUUACUUGGUACUUUCUUCAA